UCGUAAAUAGUUGUACAAUUUUUUUUUGUCCAAACAUGUUUAUUGAUGGCGUUUGGACUAGAAAACUAAUUGAUUUUCUUUCGUUUUUUGUUUAAUAUUGUUUUGUUUUGUUUUUCUUGAAUGUCAAAAGUUUUGAAGGAAAAUAAAAAAAAGGAGAUGAAGGUCGAAACACUUACUCUUGUGCUAGUAAAUUUAGCAGGCAUAAUGGAAAAAGCAGAUGAGUCUUUGUUACCAGGUGUCUAUAAAGAAGUUGGAGAUGCACUCCACACGGACCCAACUGGUUUGGGUUCGCUCACGCUUUUCCGGUCCAUGGUCCAGUCCCUGUGCUAUCCUCUAGCAGCCUAUCUAGCAGCACGCCACAACCGCGCCCAUGUUAUCGCCUAUGGCGCUUUUCUCUGGGCUGCAGCUACAUUUCUCGUCGCUUUCUCCACAACUUUCUUUCAGGUGGCAGUAUCAAGAGCUUUAAAUGGGAUUGGACUAGCCAUAGUUGCACCUGCUAUUCAAUCACUAGUAGCUGACUCAAGCGAUGAAAGCAAUCGCGGAGUGGCAUUUGGAUGGCUGCAAUUUACCAGCAACAUUGGUUCACUUGUUGGUGGAUAUGUUUCCUUAUUGAUAGCGCCCAUUACAUUUAUGAGAAUUCCUGGUUGGAGACUUUCUUUUCAUCUUGUUGGUAUAAUCAGUGUCCUUGUUGGUAUUCUAGUUCGCGUAUUUGCAAAUGAUCCUCAUUUCCCAGAUGGUAGUUUGAAAGCUAAUAAAGUUCACGGAAAAUCCUUUAUAUCAGAAGUACAAGGUCUACUUCAAGAAGCAAAAUCAGUUGUAAAGAUUCCAUCUUUUCAGAUUAUUGUAGCUCAGGGUGUUAUGGGUUCAUUUCCCUGGUCAGCGUUGUCCUUCGCUCCAAUGUGGUUAGAGCUUACUGGAUUUUCUCAUGGGAAGACUGCAUUUCUUAUUAGCUUGUUUGUUGUUGGUGAUUCCAUUGGGGGAUUGUUUGGAGGCAAGAUGGGAGAUAUCUUAUCGCAGCAUCUACCAAAUAGUGGCAGGAUAAUUUUGGCACAAAUAAGCUCAGGAUCAGCUAUCCCACUUGCAGCAAUUCUUCUGCUGUCUUUGCCUGGUGAUCCUUCUUCAAUGUUUUUGCAUGGUUUGGUCUUCUUUGUGUCAGGAUUUUGCAUAUCAUGGACUGCACCAGCUACAAACAAUCCAAUUUUUGCAGAGAUAGUACCCGAGCAGUCACGAACAAGUGUCUAUGCUCUGGACCGAUCUUUUGAAUCUGUAUUAUCAUCAUUUGCUCCUCCUGUUGUUGGACUACUGUCUCAGAAUGUUUAUGGUUAUAUACCAGUUGCUCAAGGUGCUGAAAGUAUUGCUACAGACAGAGAAAACGCAACAUCUUUGGCAAAGGCAUUGUUCACUGCAAUAGGAACUCCAAUGGCACUAUGUUGUGUUAUUUACUCUUUUCUGUAUUGCACCUAUCCAAGGGAUAAGGAGAGGGCUCAAAUGGAAGCUUUGAUUGAAUCCGAGAUGCAACUCUUAGCAUUGGAUGCAUCAUCUGUAAGUGGAGAAUAUUCACUAGUUAAGUCAAUCGAAAUUCAAGAGAGUUAUGUUGAUGAAAAAACAACGAUUGAUGAAGUGGUCUAUAGUGAGAAUGGACUUGAUUUUGAGGAUGGUGAUGACAAAACAUUAAUCUACCGUCGCCCAACAAUUUCCAAAUUUGCUGAAUAGCAGUUAUUCAACUGAGCAGCAAACCCCACAAAACUGAUAGAUAAGUUGACAUUAAUAGCAGGUCUAAUUCUGCGAUAAAGGAGCUAUGUACCAAACAAAUAGUGUAGAAUAGAAUGACAAUUCAAUUAGCAUGUACAACCAGAAUGCAGAAUUUAGCAUGCAAUACAGAAUUGUUGAUGAAUA